AUGCUGCCUGCAAUGAAUGAAGAUGGAGAAGAAGAUAGCGAUAGUGAAGGCAACAUGUACCUAUCGGAAACAGAAGAGGAGAAGCCCAAGGAAGAAGAAGAAGAAAAAGAAGAAGAAGUGAAAAAAGAAGGAGAAGCGCAGUCAAACAAGAAAAAACCAUCCCGAAUUUCCAGGUUGGAGGAAUUGAACCGUAUCAAGGCCAAGGUACAAGCCAAGAAGGCAAAGAUAAAAGUGGCUGCUGAAGCAAAGAAGCCACCUCAAAAGGUUUCAUCCUCUUUGGAAGUUGACAAGACCACCAGAGCAAAGCUGCAAACCAAUUUUCUCAAGGCCGUCAAGAAACUGGAAAAUGUAAACCCGAUAUCUGGCGAUCUUUCCAUUCCAGAAGAAACCAAGGAAGCAGUUGUUGCCGGCUCUGAUACUACUGCUGAUACUACCAACGAUUCCAACCCUACCCCACCACCCAAACCAUCAAGAGAAGCUACGGAUUGCACCAAGCGCAAGGCUGAUGCCCUCUUCAAACUGAAAGCCCCUACAUUCUUUCGAGACCGAAUGCAAGACCAAAAGCAAUUUUUGGAUGCCUUUAACAAUAGUGUUGAGGAAGAAGAUCUUCAAGAAACUUGGAAUGCGGCUUUAGCGGAAAAAAAGGCAAAACAAACAAUACACCUUGGACCGACUCAUGACCCAUCUACCGGUAUACAAGAAUGUGAAGCCAAAUUGGAUCGAGACCGGAAUGAAAUGGAGAUUCCAACAGAAAAUGUGAAGUAUCAACUCAAACAAGAGUCAGCAGAGCAACUCCUGCAAGAAGAAACCAGAAAGAAUGAAGAGCUUCAAUUGAAGCUACAACCGCUCCAGGAUACCAUUUCCUCCAUGCUGAUUGCCAAAACGUCCGAAAUGAGGCAGCAGCUUUCUGUUGGCAACUUGAACAACAGUUCAAGGUAUCUAUCCACACCAUCUAAGCUCCGACCAAAAAUUUCGUCCUUAUACUGCUAUACACCCAACUUCGAGAGAUCCAUGAUCUUGAAGAUGGGCGACAACAAUCAUGAGUUAGCAGAUGCAGACGAGGAUGACGACAAUGAGACUGUGCAAAGCGGAUACAUGUCCAUUUCGCCCAUGUCAGGCACAGCACAAGGAGAAUUGUUUCAACUAAGAUCCACUCUGCAGCAAACUUGCCCAAGUCAAUAA